AUUUCGUAGGCUGGCUAGGGCACCACCACCGAUUAUCCCAUUAAUCCCCUUUCUCUCUCAAUCUUAUUUUCUCUAGUCUGAGACAGCCACCACCGAUUUCCUAGGCGACAGUCGGCACAGGACAACUCACUCUCUCGCUAUCUCUCUCUCUCUCAGACUCUCACACUCACAGUCGGCAGACUCGGCACUCUCCGGCGGCAUUCUCUCCCUGCCUCUCCUCCUCCGGCAUUUACACUCACAAGUACUAGAAGCUAAGAUUCAACUAAAAGUAAACAAUGAAGCUCGACGUGAACAUGCUCAGAUAUUUAUCAAAAGAAGAUUUCAGGGUUCUUACUGCUGUUGAGAUGGGGAUGAGGAAUCAUGAAAUAGUUCCUUCUGAGCUUAUCAGCCGUAUAGCUGCCCUCAAGCAUGGAGGUACUUAUAAGGUUCUGAAGAACUUGCUCAAGCAUAAGUUGUUGCACCAUGACUCUUCAAAAUAUGAUGGAUUCCGCCUCACUUAUCUUGGUUAUGAUUUUCUUGCAAUUAAGACUUUGGUCAAUCGUGGGAUAUUUGCUUCUGUUGGUCGUCAAAUUGGUGUCGGAAAAGAGUCUGAUAUAUUUGAAGUCGCCACUGAAGAUGGUACAGUGCUGGCAAUGAAGUUGCACCGACUUGGCAGAGUUUCUUUUAGGGCUGUGAAAUCUAAGCGUGAUUAUUUGAAACAUCGUAGCAAUUUUAAUUGGCUUUAUUUGUCUAGGCUUGCUGCACUCAAAGAAUUUGCUUUUAUGAAGGCCUUGGGAGAACAUGGUUUUCCUGUUCCAAAUGCUGUGGACUGUAAUAGGCAUUGCGUGAAUAUGUCUCUUGUCCAAGGUUACCCACUUGUGCAGGUGAAACAAUUGCAAAAUCCAGAGCCAGUUUUUGAGACAAUUGUCGGCCUUAUUGUUCGACUGGCUGAACAUGGUCUCAUCCAUUGUGAUUUCAAUGAAUUCAACUUAAUGUUCUCGGAGGAAGGGCUCAUUCUAAUUGGGCAGAUCAAACUACCUGUGACACUUAGAGAAGUGCCCCGUCAAGUCUUUAAGUAUUGCACCUUUGUCGCCAUUGACUGCUGCUCGGCAAAUAACGCCAUCUUGGGACGUCCAGCCUUGGUAGAGUUUGGAGUGGUCACUUCCAUUCGCCACCUGUGCAUGAGGUUCCCCACUAAAGUGGGGAUCGGUACAGUCUGUGGAGAUCAGAAAGAGGCCAAGCAGUGCUGCAAUGUGUCCCUUAAGCAACCGGUAAUGGUAAUUGAGGCAACGGCUCCCAAGCAGUAUCCUCCCGAGGAGGCGGAGGUACAAGCUGUCCAAGCAGAGGAGUCCAAUGAGUUGUACCCUCGAGUUCAUGAAGAGAGGUCAAUCGAGCCCAUGGAGGAGGCUGAGGAGGUAACUCUUGAUGCCUCCCUCCCCGAUAGGAAGACCAAAGUCGGGAAGAACCUCAAAGUAGAGGUCCGAGAAGUGCUGGUGAGCUUUCUCCGGGAGAACCAAGAUGUCUUUGCUUGGUCUCACUCUGACAUGACAGGCAUUGACCCAAAUAUCAUAUGGCACGUCAUGAACAUCGAUCCCAACGUCGCUCUAAUUCAGCAAAAGCGUAGGACCAUCGACCCAUCCCGGGCAUUGGCUUUGAAGAUGGUUGACGCCACCUCCGGAUAUGAACUCUUGUCCUACAUGGACGCAUACUCGGGGUGCAACCAAAUUUCCAUGUAUGUCGCAGACCAAGAGCACACCAGCUUUUGA